AUGCUUUGUGUGAAAUCAAACUCACUGGAGAUGGCACAUAAAGGAAUAAUUUGUGUGAAGAAUCGCGUCUUCCAUACUCAGCGUGUGAUUUUGAUAAGGACCCUACAGCACUUUCGAUACCAUCAACACAGUCAUUAUAAUAAAAAACGAUCGUCGGGUCAGAAAUCGCUGUCGAAGCGACAUUUAAGUGCUAGUUUCGUGGCAAAUACCUAUACGCUUGAGCGAAAAAGAGAUUUGCUGUGGAACGUGACUCCUACACUUAUAGACGGUAUGCUUAGCUAG